AUGCUUCGUGAUUACGAGGUGUUUUUUGCUAUUAAACAAGAUAAUCUUUCGUAUUUAAUGAAUGUCAGAUCAGAAAAACCACUUACGAACCUUCCGCUUGAGGAUACUCCCGAAAUUUUGAUGAAUAAUGUCACUCCAACUCAAGUUGCAGCCUUUUACGGCUCUGUUAAGUGCUUUUUCUAUCUGAAGAACCAAUCACCAUAUAUAUCCGCGUCAGAAUCUAAACUUUCUCUUAUCCAUUUCGCAGCUGCAGGUGGUAACGAAUCAAUAAUUUCUUCAAUACUGAAUGAUGUUACAAAAUUAAACGAAAUUGAUGGAUUAGGUAAUUCACCACUUCAUUACGCCGUAAAAUAUAAUAGAUUACCCGCUGUAAAAUUAUUAUUAGCAAAAGGAGCUGUUCCAGAUGUUAAAAACAAUGAAGGAUUUACACCAGCAUUUCUUGCUGCUAUCAACGGCAAUUUAGAAAUCAUCAAAUCAUUGCACGAAUUCGAAGACCACAUGGACUCAUUAAACAUCAUCGGAUGGUCGCCUCUCCACUACGCGAUUUACAACAGACAUAUAGAUAUCGUUGAAUACUUAAUAGAUAACAAAUGCUACGAUACUUCUUUCGAAUCUUUUAUUUCAUAUACACAAUUAGCAGCAUCGCAAUGCCUCGACAAUAUUGUAAAGAAACAUAUCAACGAUGAAUUCAAAGAUAACGAUGCAAAUCAUAACUAUUGGUCCAUUGUACACUUUGCAGCUUCAUCCGGUUGCGUUGACUUACUUAAAUACAUGCAUGAGACAUUCGGAAUUGAUAAAUUCUUAGAACUCGACAGAUUAGAUAGAUCUGUUGGUCAUAUUGCCGCAAUAAAUGGACAUCUCGAAGUUCUCAAGAUCCUUGAGUCAAUAAAACCAGAAAUGUUCACAUUAGAUGAUAAAUUCGGAAAAACUCCGUUCUUAUACGCUUGCGAAUUUAAUCAUUUGGAUAUCGUCACAUAUUACAUACAAAAAUCAGAUUUAAAGCAUGCAGACAGACUCGGUAACACACCAUUACACAUUGCCGUACUCAAAAAUAACCCAGAUAUCGUUGAAUUACUCAUUAAAGAAAAAGCAGACAUAAAUGCACGCGAUAACAUGGGCCGUACGCCUCUUGUCAUUGCUUGUGAGACAAAGAACUUACAUUUACUUAGAGUUCUCUUCGAUAACAACGCAGAUCCAAACAUUUUACCAAAUAAUCACCGUCCAAUCGUAUCUACAGCAGUUAUUGGAAACGACGAGACAAUAUUAAACGAAUUACUCGAGCGCGGAGCAGAUCCAACCAUCAAAGAUAAAAGAGGAUGGACAUCUGUUCAUUUUGCCGCUCAAAUUGGUUCCAUUCGUCAUUUGUCACUUUUUAUAGACAAUGAAAAAACAAAACAAUUGUUUUCCAGCCAAAAUGAUUUAGGCCAGACACCGUUUUUAACGGCAGUCUUUUGGAGCCGAAAAGAAGUUGUUAGUUUUAUGCUCGAAAAUAAUGUUGACUUCCAAGACAUAACAGACAACAAGCAUGAUACUGCUUUGCAUAUUGCCGCACGCCUUAACCAUCCGAGCCUUGUUCAUGCACUUUUAGAGCAUGAUGUAAAUCUUGAUGCUAUUAAUGAUGAAGGACAGACAGCUUUGAUGGUAGCAGUAGUUUCAUGGGCAUCAGAAGUUGCUAAACUGCUCUUAACAUUUGGCGCUUCUCCAAAUGUCCAAGACAAAAACGGAAUGACCGCUUUCCUCUUGGCCUGCCAGAUUGGCGACCUUGAAACAGUUAAGACCUUCUUAGAUAGUGACAAUGUAGAUACUUAUGUCACUGAUAAUGAAGGUAAUAAUGCGGCCAAAUUUGCAUCUUUGCUUAGAACCAACGAUUUACUAAGGGUUCUCAAGCAAUCCGAGAGAUGUGAGAUUCCUGAUGACAUAAAGAUCCAAGAUGAAACUGCCGACGACGUUUUCGUUGAAGCAAUGAACAGAUCUGACGACGAUGAUGAUAUUUAUAGUAAAGAUCAUUACGAUGUUAUAGAUCCUGAUGAAGAAGAAGGCGAAGAUGGCGACGGCGGAAUGCCUUUGUUUUUGAACUCUGGCGAAGUUUAUAUAUCAAGAACUACAGAUAAUUUAUUAAAGGACGAAGAUCAAAAAGGAAAAGACGAUUACGACGAUGUUGCUGAAUCACUUUUAAUGUAA